GGUGCCCACGUAUGCAAACAGGAACAUGGCUGCCGGUGUUUGACACAGCACUGCAGUCCAUUUAUUCUUCAUUUCUCUCGGCCCUCCGAACACUCUCCUCCAGUCCAAACGUACGUUUCCAGCGAAAAAAACAAAAUCAUCUGUGGACUUGUUAUCCGCUCGCUCUCUGAAACGCACGUUUAGUUUUAAUUCCCGGGGGAGCCACGUAAACAGUGAGUCAACAUGGCGAGUCCGAGGACCAGAAGAGUUUUGAAGGAAGUUAGAACCCAAGAAGAAAAUAAUCUGUGCUUUGAGUGCGGGGCCUUCAACCCCCAGUGGGUAAGCGUGACCUACGGGAUCUGGAUCUGUCUGGAAUGCUCUGGAAAACACAGGGGCCUGGGAGUUCAUCUCAGUUUUGUGCGUUCGGUCACCAUGGACAAGUGGAAAGAUAUUGAGCUGGAGAAAAUGAAAGCAGGCGGGAAUGGCAAAUUCCAUUUGUUUCUGGAACUCCAAGACGAUUACAAUCCCAACUGGACCUUGCAGGAGAAGUAUAACAGCCGAGCUGCCGCGCUCUUCAGAGACAAGGUUGCAACUUUAGCAGAAGGAAAGGAGUGGUCUUUAGAGACAUCAUCUGCCAAAAAUUGGACAUCACCUCAGCCCAAGACCAGCCUUUCAUCCUCCCAUCGGUCUGGAGGGCCUGGAGCGACCUCUGCCAAAUCUGGUGAUAAAGCUUUCGAAGACUGGCUUAGUGAUGACGUCAACUCUUAUCAGAGUGGAGGGGGUUACAGCGGGAACCAGGAGAACCGAUACGUUGGCUUUGGCAACACGGUGUCUCCGGAGAAGAAGGAGGAGGACUUCCUCAACAAUGCCAUGUCCUCCAUUUAUUCAGGUUGGAGCAGCUUCACUGUCGGGGCCACCAAGUUUGCAUCUAUUGCAAAAGAUAACACGUCGAAACUGGCAAAUCAAGCCACUUUGAAGGCCACAGAGUUAGGCCAGACUAUAAAUGAGAAUGUUAUCAAACCUACCCAAGAAAAGGUGAAAGAUGGCAAAUUGCUAGAUGAAAUGACAGUCGGCAUCACUGGCUUGGCAAACAAGGUUCAGGGAGCUGGUGCCAAACUGACCAAUCUUUUCUCUGGAAAAGCCGAAGAUGGGGCCACUGGAGAUAGCUACCAGAACAUGGAUGCUGGCGAGGGAUACCAGGGCAGCUCCAGUGAGCCCGUGUCAAAGGACUUCUGGGAAACGUUCGGGAGCAACAACUCCUUAAAGGCCAAGAAAUCUCCAAGCAGCGACAGCUGGACCGUUGCAGACCAUUCUGCCAAGAAGAGCUCUGACAGUUGGGACAAUUGGGGCUCGGAUGCCGCCUCCAACAACAAACACAGCACGGAGGAGAGCUGGGAGGCCUGGGACAACAACUGGGAGAAUGCAGACGGUAAAGCCAAGAAGAGUCCCACAAAACCUGCGGAGGAAGCCUGGGGUGCCGCAGACUGGUAAUCAUCUCUCCAAGUUGACCUCCUCCCUUUUUUCCCUCUUGUCCUCUCUUUUGCUCUUCAUCCCACGGGCACAGGAACUCCAUUUCUGUCCAUCUAUUCUCACCUUCUAUGUUGAACGUAGGCCCCAAACAGGACAAUGCCCGGUCUUACAUUAACUGCAUGAUCGAAAAUCCCAUUCUUAAACAAAUCUAUGCUAUGGCAAAUUGCAAUUUUGUACAUUAUUGUAAAUCUUCAGCGGAACUACUACAACCCCGUCCUCAAAACUGGAGUUCAAGUCUAAUGUUCAUACUGUUUGAUAUUUGUCCUAUCGUUGUAGGAUCUCAUUCAUUUCAACAAGAAUGUUAUGCAUGAGAUACUUGUCUAUAAAUCAUUGUAAAUACAGUAUGAGAGACAUAUUCAACUCCAGCCGAUUGAGUGUCAUAAACAAGAUAUAAAUAUAUAUAUAUAGAAAACCUAAUAUAUAAAUAAACAGAUUGACUUAUACCAGGGGUGUCCAAACGUUUUGACUGGGUUUUUGCGUAUAUAAUAAAUAAUUGGCGACUUGUCCAGGGUGUUCACCGCCUUCUGCCCGAAUGCAGCUGAGAUAGGCUCCAGCAUCCCCAAAAGGGACAAACUGUAGAAAAUGGAUGGAUAUUAAAUGGUAACCGGGUUGUUCUUGUGUAGCGCUUUUCUACCUUUUUUUUAAGGAACUCAAAGCGCUUUGACACUAUUUCCACAUUCACACAGACAUUCACACAUUGAUGGCAAUAAUCAGGAGCAAAGGUGAAGUGUCUUGCUCAAGGACACAACAGACGUGACGAGGAUGGUAGAAGGUGGGGAUUGAACCAGUAACCCUCAGAUUGCUGGCACGGCCACUCUCCCAACUUCGCCACGCCGUCGCCCCUGAGAGCAUGUGAAAAGUUUGACCUUGACCUUGAUUACUUCCUUGAAGACCUUCUUCAAUUUUUGUAAUUAAUCCGAAGUAUCAAGCGGCUAUAGUGAAUAAGUGUAGAGAUAAUGUCUGUAUUUUUCCCAUCAUGCAUUGCAGGUGAUUUAAAUGUGUGUAAUUUUGAUUUUUUUUUUUUUUUUUUUUGGUGUUUGGACAUUUUUCAUAGUAUCCACAAAGUUCAGUGAGCAAGUUGUUUUAAGUGUUAGUAGCAUUUUUUUUUUUACACCAUGACUAGGGAAGGUUGUUUGGAUUGUGUCAUAAAAUUACAUGCAGUGACUUUCAAGUACGUUCAAGGUCAUUGAUAUAAUUUACUCGCAUUUUCCACAAGAUGGCAGCAAAUCUGUAGCAUUCAGAGAGUGCCUGGUACUUUAAAUUUGAAAGCACUCCUAUGCUUUAUUGAAUUUAUGAUGUCUCGCGGGCCAUAGUUUAGACACCCCUGGUUUAUACUUAUGUCUCAUAAGGGCAGAGAUUAUUUUUGCAAAAUAGACGAACAUCUGCGACAGAACGUUCCCUCCACCUGCCAACGUUAACAGUCAAAAUGUCUCCAUUAGCUCAUUUUAAAUCCAUAAUUGCAAGUUAUUUGUCAUUCAAGAAUACUGAAAUGUAACCUUUUUUCAAUCCUCUGUGCUGGCAUUAUUCCGUUGUGUUUAUUCUGAGAUUAUUUCAAAAUGGAAGCGCGAGUUUUUGUGAACAAAAAAAAAAAGAAUGUGUGCAAAGUGGAAAGUGUCACAAGGUCAUUCAAUUAUACAAUCAACAAUAUGUUUGCACAGACGGAUUAGUGUUUUAGUAACAACAAUGAAAUGUAGAAGACAACAAAACCAACUAAAAAGAUGCACACUGCAAAAAGUUAGUGUUCAAAAACAAGGAAAAAAAUACAAAAAAAUUAGGGGUAUUUUAAUUGAACUAAACAAAACUAUCUGCCAAUAGAACAAGAAAAUUUGGCUUGUCAAGACUUUCCAAAACAAGUAAAAUUAGCUAACCUCAAUGAACCCAAAAAUACGUUAAAAUAAGUAUAUCCUCACUGAUAACAAGUGCACUUUUCUUGGUAGAAAAAAGAAGACCUUUUUGCUCAAUAUGUUGAAAAAUAUUCUUAUAUUAAGUAAAUGCUAGUGACAUUAUCUUGACAUAAUUAUUUUUUUGUCAUGCUUGAAGUAAGAAAGUAUUUCUUUAAAAAAAUACUUUUACAGUUGUGAGUGUUGAUGACACAGCUUUGCAUCAAUUGAUGUUCUAGUUUCAAGCAUGGUUUAGUCAAUAUAGGUCCUCAAAUCUCAGCGACAAGCUGUAAUAUCUUACUGAGAUCAUUUAGGACACUUAAAACAAGUAAAACACUCGAACAUCAAAUCUGCUUAGUGAGAGGAAUUAUCUUAUCAGACAGAAAAUAAGCAAAAAUCCCCCCUAUUUGAGAUAUAUAAUCUUACUUAUAUUUCAGUUUUUGCAGUGCAACACCUGGCAAAAAACUUGCUUCCUGUUUCCCCCCCAACUAUUUUAUUGUUGGGUUUUAUCUGCGUAACGUAUUUAAUGAAACCGACUUUAUUCCAUUCCCUGGUUCUACCUCUUAAGAAGCCUUGAGUUUACUGUACAGAACGUCGCUGAUUUUAAAGUUUUAUCUCAUGUGGUCUUUGCAGGAAUGAAUCUCAAGCGACGAUUAUUUGUUUCUGAUCAGUACUAGAAAAAAAAAAAAAUGAAAAAUACAGUUCAAGAAGAGUUUUGCUGCUGAACCAGUGUUGUUCGUGUAUGCUCAUGUGUUCAAAGCCUUAAACCGCACGUCAAUACUAAUGUCAUCUGUGUGCGUACGUCAGAUUGUGUCGGUUCAUAUAUUGUCAUCUGGAAGCUUUAUUUCCUCGCAAAUCACAACAAUGUUUCCACUCACCUGUUUGGGUGGAUUUACUUGGAAAUGGACGCAUGAAUCCUCCAGCGUGUCGUUGAACAAGCAUCAAGGUGCCGGUGAGGUCAAGGUUCGGCCUCCAAUAUAAUCUUGAAUUUAACUGUAAACCGAAAAGCUCAUAUUCACCAUCAUGUUACUUUUUGAUGUUGUGCAUGAGAUGUUAAGUGAAAAAUGAAAAUCUGUUCAAUGAAUUCUCAGAUGUUGUUUCUCCAAGUGCAGUUUUUUGUCCGCUUGCCCUUUCCGAGUUUCACCAGCAGCUUUCCCACGAGGCGAGCCAGUGUUACAGUAGAGGCUGUGGAUGUUUGUGUGUUGAAUAAACAUGUCUUGUAAAUGCAA